AUGUCGGAAUUCUUAAGGCCAGCACCCGAGCCUCGCACCGAGCUUGGUCGGUAUCGCAUCCUCUCCUCGAACGCGGGCAUCCGCGUGUCUCCGCUGCAGCUCGGCGCCAUGUCGAUCGGAGACGCCUGGUCGGAUGUCAUGGGCUCAAUGGACAAGGAAUCCUCCUUCAAGCUGUUUGAUGCCUUCGUCGAGGCCGGAGGCAACUUCAUCGACACCGCCAACAACUACCAGGACGAGCAAUCGGAGACAUGGAUCGGAGAAUGGAUGGCCGCCCGCCAGAACCGCGACCAGCUGGUCCUCGCAACCAAGUUCACAAUCGACUACAAGGCCCACGCGCUAGGUAAAGGCAAUGCUGUCAAUCACAGCGGUAACCACCGCCGCAGUCUGCACAUGAGCGUACGCGACUCGCUCAAGAAGCUGCAGACGGACUGGAUCGAUAUCCUCUACCUGCACUGGUGGGACCACACCACCUCCAUCGAGGAGAUCAUGGACAGUCUGCACAUCCUCGUGGAGCAGGGCAAGGUGCUAUACCUGGGGAUUUCGGACACGCCGGCGUGGGUUGUGAGCGCGGCGAACACGUAUGCGCGUGCACACGGCAAGACGCCCUUCAGCGUCUACCAGGGGCGGUGGAACGUGAUGCUGCGGGACUUUGAGCGCGAGAUCAUCCCCAUGGCGCGGCAUUUCGGUAUGGCCCUGGCGCCGUGGGACGUACUGGGCAGCGGCAAGUUUCAGACCAAGAAAGCUCUCGAGGAGCGUAAGAAGAAGGGCGAGGGCCUGCGCAGCAUGCUCGGGCCCAGGGAGCAGACGGAGGAUGAGGUGAAGAUGAGUGAGGCUCUCGCGAAGGUGGCCGCAGAGCAUGGUAUCGAGUCCGUGACGGCCAUUGCUCUGGCUUAUGUGCGGGCCAAGGCGCCGAAUGUGUUCCCGAUCGUCGGAGGGCGCAAGGUCGAGCACCUGCACGACAACAUUCAGGCGCUGAGCAUCAAAUUGACCCCGGAGCAGAUCGAGUACCUGGAGAGUGUGAAGCCGAUGGAUCUUGGUUUUCCUAGUAACCUCAUUGGAUCAGAUCCCAAGGUGACUGGCAAACCUACACUAUGGCUGGCUACCACUGCACCAUUUGUUUUCGAGACUGGAUCGAAGCCAAUUGGGCAGGCGUGA